AUUGACCUUAACGCCUAACGUUAACGGGUAGCAUCAGCCUCAUCAGCAAACGACUUCAAGGAGAAGCUGAACAUUCUCUGGAAAACAGGCUGCAAGUAUCAAAAUCGGUCCACCAACCUACAAAUCUUAUUACUGACGACUGAAGCUUGAACGCGGAAAGUUUGUCCGUGAUGUUUACGGCGAUUUUCCGUUUUGCUAUUAAGUCUAGGGCUACCUAGUUUUAUCCUCCAAGUCUUUCAGAUAUGUUACGUGCAGUGUCUGUGGACUUCCCUUCCACGUGGGGAUCACUAAAAGAUGUAGUAUAUAAGCUUCUUCGGUGCGAUUUUGUUGACAGGGAUUUGUGGAAUUCUAGUUUCGGCUAUGUGUAUAGCUUAUGUACUUCAAGUCCGGUUUCUCAUGCAUCUACUUUGUAUAAAUCUACUACAACACUCAUUAGCGAGAGGGUAGAAGAAAUAGCAUCAGAGUUGGAGGUCAUGAGUGACUCUGAUUUACUUCCAAGAUAUGUCAAGUUUUGGGAGUCAUAUCAUCGCGGACUUACAUAUCUAGAUAUCCUUUAUAGAUAUAUGAAUACGCAGCACGUGAAGAAUUUAAGGCCAUCAGAAGCCGAUAUGUGCUAUGGAGCGGCACUUCCUAUGGCAGAUCAGCAUACUAUGGAAAUUCUGGAGGUCGGUCUUGCUUUCUGGAGACUAUAUCUAAUCGAUUGUAUGAAAAGUCGAUUGUCCUCUUGCUUGAUGCGCGAAGUUCUCAACGACAGAUUGGGAAUUUGUGGACAACAGAAUUGCAUACAUCCAUGUUUGGCAUCCCUUUUAAGAGUUGGAGAAGUAAGGGAUUUUGAAAGAGCUGGAAUGGAAAUAUACAACCAAAUAUUUCAGAACCCUCUGAUUGACGCUACGCGGUCAUUUUACUCGCAAUGGGCAUGUCAACGGGAGUCGGAAUUAGGAUGUGCUCAGUAUGUGACUGAGGCACUAGCUUUGCGGACAGAAGAACAUAAUCGGGCUAUACAAUAUUAUAAAUGUUCACUGCUACCAAUGCAAAAUUUGUUUCAAGAAAUAAUUGUUGAACAGCGUUUAAAUUUCCUUAAUAUGAACGUUCGCUAUGUCAUUGCUGAAGAGGAUAAAUCAAAUUUAAGAAAUCUUUUUCGGUUGCUAUCUCCGAAUAAUCUUUGUAACGAGCUGUUACAUUGUUUUGGCGAAUAUGUUCGAACCAGUAUUUUAGAAGCUAUUUCCAACCUUCCAAAAGACUCUUCACUAACACAGGUUCAUUUUGCUGAGAGUCUCUUAAAUCUCCGAAGUAGAUUUUUGGAGUAUAUUGAUGAUGUUUUUGAUGGGAAAACUGGUUUCCGUAAUCAAAUGGAUAAAGCCUUUAAUUUGGCUGUGAAUAGUCGUGUACCUUCUUCAAGUAUCCUAGCCACAACAUCUAAACAAACUAAUUACAGACCAUCUGAAUUGUUAUGUCGAUACAUGGAUUCCUUAUUACGUAAAUCUGUCAAAACUAUGACUGUUUCAGAAAUUGAAACUAAGCUGACAGCGUCAAUUGCUAUUUUCAAGUAUAUUGAUGAUAAAGAUCUUUUCCAAAAGUAUUAUCAACGUAUGCUGUGCAAAAGACUGGUGUUCAAUUAUUCUUCCAUGCUUGAACUUGAAGAAUCUAUGAUUAAUCAGCUAAAAACUGUUUGUGGAUAUGAAUUUACUUCAAAAUUUCAGCGUAUGUUUAAUGAUGUUCAACUUAGUCCUGAGUUAAAUCGGAAGUUUAAUGAGUACUUACAAUCAAAAGAUAUACGUUUUACCUUUGGUCAUCAUUUUCAUGUUUUAACGCAAUGUUCGUGGCCAAUUUCACUUAGUGGUGUUACUGAUUUUUUACUCCCACUCGAAUUGUAUACAUGUACUUACCAUUUUGAAGAAUUCUAUACAGCCGCUCAUCAAGGAAGAAAAAUGAGAUGGGCACAUAGUUAUUCAACAGUGGAACUCCAAGUGCUUUUCACUGAUAAGACUUAUCAAAUACAAGCGCCUGCUAUUAAUGCUGCUAUCCUACUAUUUUUUGAUCAUAUGGACUCAGAUCGUAUCAAAGUGAAAGAUCUGCAUUUCGGGUUACAACUAGCGGUAUCUGAAGGUCGACCAACUAUAAGUAGUGAAAAUAACUCUACAUCUAAACGAAGUGUUCCAACCACUGACUCUUCAAUUACUAGUAAAAUGGAAACUUGUUCACAAGAUGUGUUGGAUUCUUCAUGUGAACUGGAUCUUAUUCAACGACUUUUGACACCACUAAUUGAAUUGAACAUAAUAUAUAUUGAAGCAACUGAAGGGCAAAGUAGUAAUUCAUCGGGUAACAUCGUGACAAUGGAUAGCGUUAUAGCCCUAAACCGUUCGUUUACAAGCAAACGUCUAAAGCUAAGGGUGAAUUUCGGCUCUCAAGGAAAAGAAUCAAACCAGUCGGAAGCUGAUCAGGUUGAUCGUCAAGUGAACGAGGAUCGGCGCUACUUUAUACAAGCUGCUAUUGUGCGAAUAUUAAAAGCUCGAAGACAGAUAAAGCAUGCACAGCUUAUUGAAACUAUUUUACAGCAAGCAUCUAACCGCUUCCAACCACCGAUACCACUAAUUAAGCGUUGCAUUGAAGGUCUAAUAGAUACUGGCUAUCUUGAACGAAAUCCAGAUGAUCCUGAUCAAUACAGUUAUCUUGCAUAAUUCCAAGUGCUUUAUUUUUAAUAAAUUACAAAUUUAUUGGGAUGCUGUAAAUAUCAAUAAAUAACACACUAUAAGGGAUUAAAUUGCUCCUGUUUUGCCAAGUUGUUCUUUUAAAAUCAUAAUGCUGCGUCGUUGAUCCUCUGGUAAGAGAGCAAGUUGUUCAUCUGAUAGCUGAAGAACUUGCAUAAUAAGUGUGACUUUUUCUUGUUCACCUUGUCCUGCUAGUAAACUAUUGGGACCCAUACUUGCAGCUGCCGCUGCAGCAAUUGCAGGGGUAAUCUGUUAAAAUUAUUUUAAAAAAUAAGUAGAAUUAACUAGAAUAUGUAACAUGCGAUUUUAUGCAUUUGUAUAUAAAUCAGUUAAUAAUUGCAUUCUCAAGAGACUAUUUAAAGUAGGUGUUUACGAGAAGUCUAUCUUAUUGGUACUAUUUAAAGGUGAAGUAGUUUAAUAUUAUAAAGGUCAUUAUACAUGAUGGAAAGUUUUUUUAGCUUUACUUAUACGUAGUUCAAAAGUGUAUAUGUACAUGUUUAUCUGGAGAAACUUGUGCUUCUUACAAUAAAUUUAAAUAUACAGAUAAAAUACAUU